UUCGUUACAGUUGCCCCAACCAAGAAUAGAGUAUAAAUGCAAGAAUAGAGUUUAAAUGCGAGAAUAUCUGCUCUGCCUAAACUUCCUCUUAAGGCGCUGCAUUCCAGAUUUCAACCAUUAUUAAAAUAGUUCUCUCAGUCUUCUACCAUGGGAAAAUGAUUCUUACUAUUUACCUUUCAUAAUUGUGAGCAGUGCUGGUAGGCCACCCUUCGGCCUGGUUGACUCCAGAGAAAUCAAGCAGCCUAUUCAGACUACUCAUUACUGGAAAACCUCCAGCCAGGCAAUAUCCUGGUGAAUCUCUUCUGCGUCCCCUCCAGCGUCAUAUCAUCCCUCCAAUAGUAUGGUGAUAAAAGGUGCAUACAAAGCACAAAGUUGGGCCCCACCAGUGUUUUAUAAAGGUGUUAAAUGAUGUCCCAGCUCUUAUAUCAAGCCAUUUGCUAUUCCUUCCACUACCCCCACCUUCUUGUUUUGGCUUCUGCCCUCAUCCUUUCCAGUCCGGAUGAAGGUGUCUCAGUCUGAUACAACAGCUCUCUGUUAUCCAUCACAGGUGCUGCCUGACAUGCUGAGUUCCUCCAGCAUUUGUGCAAGUUGCUCAAGAUUUCAGAACCUCUUGUGUUCCAAAUUGUUAUACAUUAUUUUCCAGUGAGUUGCAUUGAAAUGGAAAAAAUCUGUUCUAAUGUUGACUGUCUCUAAAAUAACAUUACAAUUGUGCAAGAUGGCGGACAGCCACAAAGACCAUAGCAAGGUCAGAUGGCAGUGCUGACUUAUGAAGACUGGCAAGUGAAUGGCGGGAUGGCUAAGUGCCAAGAAACUGAAAUACCAGCUUGGAAGGAGUGGACACCCACUAUGCCGUUUGUGGGUUCUAGUCAGAACAGAAGCAGAGCUGGAGCUGAAGUUGUGUGCCUGCACAGAGAAAGUUUGCAGAUAUGAGGAUUCUGCAUCUGCCAUUUUGUCUGCAGAUUAGGGAUUUGAAAAUAGACAUAUUUACAAUACUGUGUAACUUGCUGGGGAACCUGCAAGUGAUGGUCUGCCUAUGCAGUAUCUGCCCUUGUCCUUCGUAAUGGCAAAGGUAGUGUCUUGGGAGGUACUGUAAGAGUAAGCCUGAACCUAAGGCGACAUCCGUGAAGUUGAUCAUGGAUGUUGCAUCCUAGCUGCCUACUUUAUUGGUGCAGCACCGGCAGUCAAUACGCAAGCCAGGGCAGUAUGAUAUGGAGAGCAAGCUGUUACCCAUGCAGCAGGCCUCCCCACUCUCUCCACACAGCUGAUGAAUCCAAAGGAAUGACAGAGACCAAUACAGUUUGGCACCAGUGGCGUCACAGGAGUUGCCAGUCAGCGUUGAACUCAAGUUCUGGGAAGUCAUCAGUGAUGAGCAUGGUAUUGACCCCACAGGAAGGUACCGUGGCGAGAGUGAUCUGCAGCUUGAGAGGAUAAAUGUCUAUUACAAUGAGGCAACAGGUGGUAAAUUUGUGCCGCGUGCUAUUCUUGUGGACCUGGAACCUAGUACAAUGGACUCUGUUCGUUCUGGACCUUUUGGGCAGAUAUUCAGACCUGAUAACUUUGUAUUUGGACGUAGUGGUGCCUCUAACAACUGGGCCAAAGGUCACUAUACUGAAGGAGCUGAAUUAGCUGACUCUGUUAUGGAUGUGGUGAGGAAGGAGGCCGAGGGAUGUGACUGUCUUCAGGGAUUUCAGCUCACUCAUUCACUGGGUGGUGGUAGUGGCGCUGGCAUGGGCACUCUCAUCCUUAACAAGAUUCGUGAAGAAUACCCUGACAGAAUGAUGCUGUCCUUCAGUGUUAUUCCUUCACCCAAGGUAUCAGAUGUUGUGGUUGAACCCUAUAAUGCUAUCCUGUCAAUUCACCAGCUCAUUGAGAACACAGAUGAAACAUUUUGUAUUGAUAAUGAAGCUCUACAUGAUAUUUGUUUCCGAACUCUCAAGCUUACUUCUCCCACUUACGGUGACAUGAACCAUUUGAUAUCAGCCACCAUGAGCGGUGUAACAACCUGUCUGCGUUUUCCUGGUCAGCUUAAUGCUGACCUCCGUAAACUAGCAGUGAACAUGGUCCCCUUCCCCCGCCUGCAUUUUUUUGUGCCUGGCUUUGUUCCUCUGACCAGCCGAGGUAGCCAGCAGUACCGUGCCCUCACAGUGCCCGAGCUGACCAAGCAGAUGUUUGACGCUAAAAACAUGAUGGCUGCCUGUGACCCUCGGCACGGCCGCUACCUGACUGUGGCCGCUGUUUUCCGGGGCCGCAUGUCCAUGAGAGAGGUGGAUGAACAAAUGCUGAACGUGCAGAAUAAAAACAGCCCCUAUUUUGUGGAGUGGAUCCCAAACAACGUCAAGACUGCUGUGUGUGACAUCCCACCCCGAGGACUCAGGAUGGCUGCCACCUUCAUUGGCAACACAACAGCUAUCCAGGAGCUGUUCAAGCGCAUCGGUGAGCAGUUUUCUGCCAUGUUUCGCAGGAAAGCCUUUUUGCACUGGUACACAGGCGAGGGCAUGGACGAGUCUGAGUUCACUGAUGCUGAGGCUGACAUGUUUGACCUGAUAACUGAAUAUCAAUAUUACCAGGAAGUUAGUAUUCAUGAAGAGCCUCAGUAUGAUGAUGAUUAGGAGCCCUGAAUGUCUUUGUUGUGAGAUUCUAACUCUUAACAGGGAGGCCUGAUUUUUUUCUCCCUCUCCUGCACUGUGCACAUCAUCUCAUUUCAAUGCCAUGUGAACUGCUAUUAAAGAUGCC